AUGGUGACCGCCGGAGAGCUCCGGGAGCUGGAGGGCAGCGCGCUGCGGCGGCUGCUGAGCCGGGACGAGCGCGAGCGCGCCGGCGGGUCGGGCGUCGGGCCCGGCGGGGGCACGUGCCUGCUUCUGGACUGCCGGCCCUUCCUGGCCCACAGCGCGGGCUGCAUCCGCGGCGCGCUCCCCGUGCGCUGCCACACGAUCGCGCGCAGGCGCGCCCCCGACGGCCCGGGCCGGCUGGAGCAGCUGCUGCCGGCCACCGACGGGCCGGACGCCGAGGCCCGGGGCCGCCGCCUGCGCGCCGGCCUCUACGGGGCCGUGGUGCUGUACGACCAGCGCAGCCGGCGCGCGGCCGAGGCCCUGCGCGCCCCCGACGGGGCCCUGGCCUGGGUGGUGCGCGCGCUGCGGGGGGCCGUGCCGCGCGCGCCCGCGCCCCUCUACCUGCUGCGAGGUGGUUAUGAGAAGUUUUCUUCUGAGUACCCAGAAUUCUGUUCACAAGCCAAGUCCUUGGCCACUGUUUCAUCCCCCAUUCCUCCCACCAUCACGGAACCUCCUGACCUGGGCUCCAGUUCCUGUGGCACCCCACUGCAUGACCAGGGGGGGCCCGUCGAGAUCCUUCCCUUCCUCUACCUGGGCAGUGCCCAGCACGCGGCCCGGAGGGACACGCUGGACGCCCUGGGGAUCACUGCGCUGCUCAAUGUCUCCUUGGACUGUCCGAACCACUUUGAGGACCAUUACCAGUACAAGUGCAUCCCUGUGGAAGAUAACCACAAAGCAGACAUUGGCUCCUGGUUCAUGGACGCCAUCGAGUUCAUUGACUCCGUCCAAGCCCGCCAGGGGCGGGUGCUGGUGCAUUGCCAGGCCGGGAUCUCGCGCUCGGCCACCAUCUGCCUGGCCUACCUGAUGAUGAAGAAGAAGGUGAGGCUGGAGGCGGCCUUUGAGUUUGUGAAGCAGCGGCGCAGCGUCAUCUCGCCCAAUUUCAGCUUCAUGGGGCAGCUGCUGCAGUUUGAGUCCCAGGUGCUGGCCACGUCCUGCGCCGCGGAGGCCGCCAGCCCCCCGGUGACGGUGCCUCGUGGGGAGCCGGCCAAAGCCUCGCCCUCCUCCUCUCAGCUUGUCUUCAGCUUCCCGGUGUCAGCCCCCAGCAGCCUCCCCUACCUUCCCAGCCCCAUCGCUACUUCCCCCGGCUGCUAGGACCCUCUGGGGAGGGCUCUCCCCAGCCCCAGCCGCGCCAGAGAGCUUGCUUCCAGGCUGGGGCGCCUGCCCAGCAGUCACCACGCAUUUAUUAGGCGCCUGCUGUAAGCCAGGCUCUUGCUAAGUGCGGGGCUGUCCCGGGCUGCGUGUCAGAUCCUAGCUCGGCCCCUUGGCUCCUGUGUUUGCUGGGGUGUUGAGGGCCCUUCCCCGACGGGGGCUGCUUCCUCCUUCUGCCCAGCGCGGGGCCUCUCUCCGAUGGCCGGGUCUCCUUCCUGCCUGACCCCGGACCCCCUAGCUAGGCUGGCCGGGCUCAACCUCCCACUAAGAUCACAGACCCUCCAAGAUAGCAAUAAAGGCACGGUUCUCAGCAGCGGAGGCCCGGUCUCAGCUGGCUGGCGGAGCAGGUCGGGGAGAGCAGCCUUCCCUUCUUCCAACAGAAAUGUCUUAAGAACCUCUUGGUGAAGCCCCAUGGCCGGGAGAUGUGCACGUCCUAGGUCCCUCCCUAACUCCCACCAGGGCCCACGGCAGCGCGUUGAUGGCCGCUUCCCCACCCCUGACGGCUUGGGUGGCUGCGGUCACUUUCUGUGUUUAAAAGUAGCCUAGGAGGGCAUCAUUUUAUUCCAGAAAUCACAGACCGGAGAAUCAUGAUAAUAAAUAACACAAAUAUAGGAAGGAACUUGCCUCCUCAGAGUGUGAAAGUGCAGCCAGUCGAGGGUCAGUGAAGACGCCGGGGCCUCAUGGAGGUGUUGAGCACGAUGCCGCAGAUGGGCACAGGCAUCGUGCCAAGGGGGGCUCUUAGAACCCCAGCUUGGAUUGACGUGGUGGCCGGGGGUCUGCUCCCCCUUCAAAGGUUCCCCAGGUGCUAGCGGCAAUGGAAAGCAUGGUCCGUGGGAUGGGGUGGGCUGGGUGACGUCUUGAGCUUCUGUCCUCCUCAGGUCCUCUGGAGAUGCGCUAGCCCCUUAUGGGCACACCUGACUUUAGGUCACUGAGAUGCUUCUCGACUAUGGGAUGUAAACCCAAGGUCCCUAAGGGCCAACGUGCCCGGUGGGCACUCUUUGAAGGCCCUCGCCCAGGAUGAAUCAGCCCUCCAUCUUGUCCUGGGCAAACAUGGAUGAUAUUGUGUGGGCUGGCUUAGAGAGGCACACACCCUGGUCCUAGGAUCCAACACGGUCCCUUGUGAAGUCAGGCCCUCUCUUGAAAUGGUACCAGUUGUUUCCGCUCCUGUGUUUUCCCCAUGCUGUGGCCGUGCGCUUCUGUGGGUCCUGGCUGGAGGGAGUUGGAUUCUUGUCUCGAGAUGGGCUGAUGUUUCUUGUCUCUCCCAGGGAGGGGGCUAAAUGAUACAGGCCUCCAAGCCACACGGUUAACUAGGCUUGUUCCCAUGAUGUGCUUCCUCUAGAAGGUGGCCUCCACAGACCCCCCAGGGUGGCUCUUGCUAGGCUCCUGUCCUGUGGCGGCCUGCUCCCAGUUCUGUGCUGUACAGCACAACCUUUGGGAGCAGAAGCAUAUGGACUGCCAGCCUGCUCUUUGUCCGAUAGCCCGGAGGCAGUUCAGUUCUCAGAGGCCAGGGUUUCAUGCUCUUCCUUUGUGUUGUGGGCUCAGCAGCUGGAGAAGCCGCAGGAAGAUAGCCGGGGAGAGGAGGGAAAAAAGGGAGCUGCCUGGUGAGGGUGAGCACCGGCCAGAGCUGCCCUUCUGCCUGUCCUGGCCAGACAUUUCCAGUGACUCUAAAGGACUCAGUUAUCCAUCUCACCGUGACACAGAUGGUGGUCUCUCUUCUUACCCCUUUCCUUCCAAAUCCCAUGAAUAAGCUGUCCUAGAUAAACGGAUCCUUUUGUUCAUGCUUCGUUCAUAGGUCCACAGAAUGAGCAACUGAGGACCCUCAGAGUUCAUUUAUUCCAAUCUGAAAAGGAAUUUUUCCUGCCACAUCCUAGAAAAAUAGCCUCCUAGUGUCCACUUGAAGGCCUUCACUGAUGGGAAACUCACUGCUUUCCAAAGUGGCCUUUGUGAAAUUCUAGACCUAAUAAUCUCUUUUUGGGAUGAAUCCAGGAAGCUCCUGUUAAUGUUAGGACAUUUUUCCUCAUAUUGACAAACCAGCCUCUCCACAACUCCCCUCACCCAUUCUUCCUGGUGCUGCCCUCUGGAGCCAAGCAGAACCAGACUAAUCUCUUCCAUAUGAUGGAUAAUUUUGAAGACAACUGACAUGUUUUCCCAGAACCUUCUUUUCUCUUGGCUAUGAAUGCCCAGCUCCCAGCCUCAUCUGGCCUGGCCAUCCUCCUCUGGACAUGCCACUAGCCUUCACAUCCACAUCUGAUCAGACUAGGGCAAGGGAAGUAAGCUUCCCUCACUUGCCCAAGAUCUCAUUCAUUUUCUGGUGUCAUUUAAAAGAAUUCCCAAAUGAGAAAAAAAUGACCAUAUAUGGCAUGGGAAUUGCCCAGUGUCACAGAGCCAGGAUGUGUCCAGACUUAACCCCAGGUCUGGCUGACCAAGACUAGCCCUCCACGAUGUCAAAUUCUCAGCAUCCAAGCCACUGUGCAGAUGCUGAAAUCUGUAUUAGUUGUGGAAAUUAGCUCACUGGGAGCUCCCAGUGCUACUGAGAUCAAAGGAAAGUGUCCCACAUUGUUCCAUUCCUUUGGAACAUUUUUAAGUCUUCUGGCAAGGAUGCCCUCUAGCAAACUACUGUCCCCACUGGAUGACCAUAGUCAUCUGGGUCACUCCUCACACAGUUCUACUCUCACAAUUGCCUGUGGCCUGGAUGGCAGAGCUUGGGCACAAAGGGACACCUUCUAUGAUUUACUCACCUCUUCAGGUGCAAGAGGGAAGAGGUUUCCUCCUGGCUUCUGGGCAUUGAGGUGGGGCCUUUCUGUUCUCAGGAGAAAUCCUGCCAGCUUCAUUUCCUUUGAGCUUGUUGGUGGCCAGUCAGCCUUUGAAUAUAGUAUCUCUCCUGGAGAGAUCAUGAAUGCCAUGAACCCUUCCCUUCUGAGGCCUGACACACCUGUGUUAGUGGACGCCUUCACUGGGAGGUGCCAGGCUUUAGUCCUCUGAGUGGAGAUUCUAGGUCAUGUUCUCUUGUCCUAUUUGAAAGGAUAGUUUGGGGGGCCAGCCAGAAGGCUCAGGUCCAGUUUCUGGGGAGAGGGGCUAGAGAUUGAGAGCUGAGCAAAGGAAGUCCUUCUUAGCUUUGGACUGAAUCUGGCCCCGCUGACCCCGUUGAACACCAGAAAGCUCACGUUGCUCAAAGCCUCGAUGGCCAUGGAGCUGGGGCCAGAUGAGACUCUAUCCCAGGGACAUCCCCCCUCCCCCAACUCGUCUUCCAACUGGAGGGCAAGAAGGAAAAGCCUUUCAGGAUAGUGGAGGGAGCAGAGCAACACCUUCCUCCUCACUCUGUAAACAGCCUCGGUGUCUUGGUGUGUCUGGUGUCUGCUGCGCCUAUGUGGCGUAUCUUGUUUGGGUUUUGCUUUGUUUUCUGCUUGUUGUUUCUGUCUCCUCAGUGGUUUUUAUUUAUUGCUUGAAAAAGACCAUUUGAG